GUCACUGAGGCCCAAUACCUCCUUUUAUUUUUAUCCUCAGAUAUUAAUUUGACGUCGUCGCCUAGCUUCUUCGUAUCCUCGGAUCUCACAUUCGCCGCCGUGGAGAUUUUCGUUAUUUUCAGGGAGAUAAGAUGUUUGGGGGCAGAGCUCUCCGCCGGUUGCUAAGAGAGAGACUUCAAUCGCAAAACACUGCAUCUCCAGUUUUGUCAUCUUUUAUUUCUAAGAAAGGGCAGGAAGCAGUUGGAUCUGCCACCGCUAAGUCCUGGAGGGUAUUGGCUCUAUGUGGGGCAGGUGUCUCAGGGUUGUUAAGUUAUGCAACAAUAGCAUCUUGUGAUGAGGCUGAACAUGGUUUGGAGGCUGCCACCUAUCCUUGGCCACACAGUGGCAUUCUAAAUUCAUAUGACCAUGCUUCGAUUCGUCGUGGUCACCAGGUGUAUCAACAAGUUUGUGCCUCCUGCCAUUCAAUGUCCUUAAUUUCAUUCCGUGACUUGGUAGGUGUUGCAUAUACCGAAGAAGAAACUAAAGCUAUGGCUGCUGAGAUUGAGGUAGUUGAUGGGCCAAAUGAUGAGGGAGAGAUGUUUACUCGUCCUGGCAAGCUCAGUGACCGGUUUCCUCAGCCAUAUGCAAAUGAACAAGCAGCUAGGUUUGCUAAUGGUGGCGCUUAUCCUCCUGAUUUAAGUCUUAUAACCAAAGCUCGCCACAAUGGUCAAAAUUAUGUGUUUGCCCUAUUGACUGGAUAUCAUGACCCUCCUGCUGGUGUUACAAUUCGUGAAGGAUUGCAUUAUAACCCUUACUUCCCUGGUGGAGCUAUUGCUAUGCCAAAAAUGCUUAAUGAUGGUGCCGUUGAGUAUGAAGAUGGUACACCCGCAACAGAAGCUCAGAUGGGGAAAGAUGUUGUCACAUUUUUAGCAUGGGCUGCAGAGCCUGAAAUGGAAGAGAGAAAACUGAUGGGAUUUAAGUGGAUAUUCGUUCUAUCACUCGCGCUUCUUCAAGCUGGUUAUUACAGGCGCAUGAGGUGGUCUGUUCUCAAGUCUCGGAAGCUGGUGCUUGAUGUCGUGAACUAAAUUUCCUCAACUUCCGUGUUAGAGGAUCGACUAUCUGCUCGUCUUUGUGCUAAUUUAUUCAUGAAUCGGCAGUUUUUUUCCAGGCUGCGGGCAGAUUUGUAGCUUUUCCAUUUUGUUGGUGAAUAAUGAAAUCUUACUAGAGAGAAGAUUUCUUGGUUUUUUCCAGCUGCUAAUGGAAACUGUUAUUGUUUGGAUUGCUGUAUGAAAAAUGAGAGAGAGAGAGAACGAGAUGCCUGAAAGUGCAACUCCGUGUAAUAACCCAAUAAUAGUAGUGAGUACAAUAUUUUUCUCAGUUACACAA